CCAAGGAGUGAAAGGCCCCUGCCUGGGACAGCAGAUUGGGGUGGCAAGGGGCCUGCCAUCUGCACAGGAGAUGGGCUGACAACUUCACCGCGGGGGGCUGCGGCGGGAGUGCAGAGCACAGCUUCCAGCAUCCCUUCCUCCAGGCCGUGGGAAUGUUCCUGGGCGAAUUCUCCUGCCUGGCUGCCUUCUACAUCCUGCUGUGCAGGGACCGGCACAGAGCAGAGCCCAGCCUGGCCCCCGCGCAGCCCUUCAACCCGCUGCUCUUCCUGCCCCCGGCGCUGUGUGACAUGACCGGGACCAGCAUCAUGUAUGUGGCCCUGAACAUGACCAGCGCCUCCAGCUUCCAGAUGCUGCGCGGGGCGGUGAUCAUCUUCACCGGGCUGCUCUCGGUGGCCUUCCUGGGCCGCAAGCUGGUGCCGAGCCAGUGGCUGGGGAUCCUGGUCACCAUGGCCGGGCUGGUGGUGGUCGGGCUGGCGGACAUGCUCGGCACCCGCGACGAGACGCACAAGCUGAGCGAGGUCAUCACAGGUGACCUGCUCAUCAUCAUGGCCCAGGUGAUCGUCGCCAUUCAGAUGGUGCUGGAGGAGAAGUUCAUCUACAAACACGACGUGCACCCGCUGCGGGCCGUCGGCACGGAGGGUUUCUUUGGCUUCGUCAUCCUGUCCCUGCUGCUGAUCCCCAUGUACUACAUCCCGGCGGGCAGCUUCGGCGGCAGCCCGCGGCAGGUGCUGGAGGACACGCUGGAUGCCUUCUGCCAGAUCGGCCGCCAGCCCCUCAUCGCCCUGGCCCUGGCGGGCAACAUCAGCAGCAUCGCCUUCUUCAACUUCGCCGGCAUCAGCGUCACCAAGGAGAUCAGCGCCACCACCCGCAUGGUGCUGGACAGCCUGCGCACCGUGGUCAUCUGGGCCGUCAGCCUGGCCGUGGGCUGGGAGACCUUCCACGGCCUGGAGAUCCUGGGGUUCCUCAUCCUCCUGACCGGCGCCGCCCUCUACAACGGCCUGCACCAGCCCCUGCUCGCCAGGCUGCCCUGGCGCCGGCCCCCAGCGGGUGCCCUGGGCUCUGAGGCCGAGAGGGAGAAUCUGCUGGGAGGGGAGAGGGCACCCAUCAACGGGGACAGCUGAGGAGCCGGACUCCAUG